AUGCCGCAACACGAGCACAUGGAACGCCACCGCAAGCUGCACGGCCGCCGUAUGGAUGCCGAGGAGCGAGACCGCAAGAAGGAAUCUCGUUUGGUGCACAAGCGGUCUGAAUUUGCUCAAAAGGUUCACGGAAUCAGAGCCAAGAUUUACCAAAAGCGUCGUUUCAAAGAAAAGGCUACCAUGCGCAAGACCAUUGCCAUGCACAAUCAGCGAUCCAAUCAACAUGCCAACGAUGAAGCCGUGGCGGAUGGUGCGGUGCCGGCGUACUUGUUGGACCGUGAGGGUGUCUCUCGUGCCAAGGUUCUCAGUAAUACAGUCAAGCAAAAGCGUAAAGAAAAGGCUGGCAAAUGGGAAGUCCCCAUUCCCAAGGUCAAACCUGUGGCGGAUGACGAAAUGUUCAAAAUUCUCAAGACUGGAAAACGUCAAAAGAAGGCCUGGAAGCGCAUGGUCACCAAGUGUACCUUUGUGGGAGAUUCCUUUACGCGCAAGAAUCCAAAAUACGAACGCUUCAUUCGUCCUUCUGGUCUUCGGAUGAAAAGGGCCAACGUGACGCACCCAGAACUCAAGACUACCUUUCAAUUGGCGAUUUUGGGCGUCAAGAAGAAUCCUUCGUCACAAAUUUACACCAAUUUGGGUGUCUUGACCAAGGGUACCAUUAUUGAAGUCAAUGUUUCGGAACUAGGGCUUGUCACCACAUCUGGAAAAGUGGCUUGGGGGAAAAUGGCCCAAGUGACCAACAAUCCCGAAUUGGAUGGCUGCGUCAACGCCGUAUUGCUGGUAUAG